AUGACAGUGCGGCGAGGUUCGAGGGUCGACGCAGCCUGGUCCUCAUGCCUUGAGGUAGUUGAAGUCAUUUGCACCGCCACGAGUGGCGCUCACAUGUUCUAUGGUGUGGUCGUGGGGAUCCGUGACCCCCUCGAGUGGGAUUGGCUGGGCGAUUAUCAAUUUUUGUGGGUCUUCGAAGACGGGGAGUACAUCAAGGUAUGGCAAGAAUGCGUCGAGCGACCGCGGCCAAGCAACGCGACUUGGGCAUCCCAUCUUCAGGGUAUCGUGGGCUGCUACGAGACGGACGAUGGCGCCCAUCUGUACGCCGUCAAGUGGGACGGCUACGCCUGUCCGACGUGGGAAGCAGAA